UUCCUUUAUGUGUGGUAACUUCUGUGUACACCUGAACGUGUGCUGUUUUCACUUUUAUUGAGAAAGUAAUUCCCUUCCCCCCUGCCUGCCCGCCCUUUUUUCCCCCGAGUUUUUGGAUUAUUUUUCUAAUAUUUUUUUUUAAAAUUCUAUUUCUUGUUCUUUGCUAUGGUUAGCAGCUGAAACACCGGUAGAGUUCCAAGGUGGUUAAGACACAACAUUAGCCAGGAUUAACUUCUACUUAGAUCGUAAUAUUCUGUUUAUCUUUUCUUUACAGUUUCCUACUUGCUAGAAAUUAACCUCUUUUUUUUCUUAGUCUCUCUCCUCCAUUCUUACCGACAUGCCCAUUAUUCCUCAUUGAAAAGGCAAGAAGUCAGUCUGAAGUUUUGCCUAACUCUCCACCGUUCUAGCUAAAUCUCAUGAAAUCAAAGGAAAAUUGGAGGGAAAAUAAGAGAUGAGUAGCAUUUGCAUAGUUCAUGUUACACCAUUACCUCUUAGUUUACUGACGCUCCAAUAUGCAUGGACAGUGUGAUUUUUUCCCCCAUUUCAUACAACUUUCAGAAAACCAGAGAAGAGUAUAAACUAACAUGAUGUAGCAAAUGCUUAUUGUUAGAGGCCAUGAAGCACAUAUACGAAUAUGGGAUACAGAUAUGAGACGAUAAGGAUACAAAGAUGCGGCAAAACCUAAAGCAAUAGGUUACGGAUACAUCAGCGAUGAGUUUGUUUUAGUUGCAUAUCUUGUACUAUGAAUACAAACAAAGCCAAGGAAAUAAAAGAGUAGUUGACUCGCUAAUAGCAAGCUUUUGCUAAUAGAUAUGUGUGUGUAUAUUUGUGUGCAGUGUACAUCAGUAUGCUAAAAAAGACAGUGUCUGUACAUAUUGGGCGUAUAGUAUUUGUUUCACAAUGUGCCUCCUUGUGUGUGUGUGUGUGUGUGUGUGUGUGAGAGAGAGAGAGAGAGAGAGAGAGAGAGAGAGAGAGAGAGAGAGAGAGAGUACCCGUGAAAGUAAACCGAGUUGUGAAGACGACGAAUUGAUCGACUGGUUUGGUCCAAGUGUCUGUUUAUCAUUUAUGUCCAUAUUGACUAAUAUGUCUAUAUUCUAUCUACCGUUUGCUCCUUACAAUUGUUAGUUUCUUCAAAAGAGUUAAAACUCGUUUUAACUCUUUCCGUAUCCUGUAUCUUAUGGGUAUCCCCUGAAACUUAUCCAAAAUUGAGAACUUUUAGAAUGAGAACUCGAUACUUAUUUGCCUCAUCUGAUAUGCGUCAAGGUGUAUCAGUAUCCAAUACCCAUACGCCCCUAGUUUUGGAUUAUCCGUGCUUCAUAGUUUAGAGGAUAGUAACUAGUAAGUUAGUACCUAUGAGCAAAAUAACUAUGGAGGUGAGUGUUUGCUUUCUUUUUGUGUAACUUUUUGUUUGCACUAAAAAUGACAACUCAAGGAUGAGGUGACAUGUGGCAAUGAAGGGUGCGUUGGUAGGGUAGCAUAAUCAACUAAAAACAAAAGAGAGCCACCAUGUGUCCCAUUACUUACAACUGCCAAGAAUAUCGUGGAAUAAUAUUUCUUAACUUGUCGCAUGCCCAUAAAUAUCCUUGGGGCCUCUCUGGUUCCCACUGAGGUGAAAGACGGCCAAAUUUUUAAUCUAUAACACCAACAUGAGGGUAAAGCUCUCAAUUCCACUUUGUAUUCUAUAUCUAAACUAUUGUCAAUAUUUGAGCUAUUUUAAUCAUUGAGUGUCAAAUCCUUUCCUUUCAAAUAAAGGAACCCAAAUGCAACUGAAUUGCGAUGAAAGUGCACUCAUUGGUGAUUCGGAUUUUUGUUGACUUGGGGGUGAAGUGUUUGGUCAGCCAUCAUGUUAAGGUAUCUCAACUAGCAUUGACAAUUUCGUGGUCAGAAUUCAGUUACCAAUGUUCAAUCUCUUUAGUUCUAGUUCUUCUAGAAUUGAAUAACAUUCAAUGCCCCUUAUGCACCUUCAAGGAAUCAUAUCUCCCCAAUCCUGUACCCAUUCCCAUCUCUCAUUACAUGCAGAGAGGAUGGGUUAGUAGUCAGUCCUAUUAAGACACUGUAUUUAGUGUUUGUGUACUUGUCUGCCUGUGUAGUCCCCAGCAUAAUCCGAGGUCAAUGAGUUUAGGAGGUUUAUGGCUGCAGAAGUUUUGUGAUAUGUGAAGGAUUUUGUCAUUUUGCAUUUUGAUUCUCUGUUGUUUGUCUCAUAGUUAGCAAUGCCUUAUGCCUUAUUGGUGGCCAUCAACUUGCGCAAUUUGGACAAAACAUGUGACGCUUCAUAUUCGGUUUGGUUAAUUUUGAAAGUUUUUGCUAAUAGACGGUCACAGAUGCACAACAGACCUGAUUUCUCUAGUUCUACCAGGCAUAUUCCGAAAUGAAAAGUAUCUGACAAGAAGGCAUCCUUCCUUUACUUUUGUGUAUUAUGUUGCUCCUAGUUGGCAAACCAGGUUCAUUAGGAUCGUCUUGCUUUAUUUGGUGAGUGUUGAGUUUCUUUGUGUUGUAGGCCACACAAAGUAAAUACACACACACAUGUACACAAAUGUAUAUUUUUACAGCCACUUGGUAGGAUUAUACAGUGCGUUGGGAAACCAAUUUGAGAUUUGCUCUUGCUGGAGCCUUUUCCGACACGAAGCAGCUGCAGAAGAGGAAUUGCUACAUACAGUCUAUAAAGCUUGGGAAAGAAAGAUACCAAAUCUUUCAUGCCAAUUAGAGCUAAGAACCCCAAGCUUGUGCUCUAUACCUUCCCUAGUUUCACAUUUCUCAAAACUCAUGUCCUCCCACAUAAAAGAAGAAAACCCCAUCCCCAGAAACCAUCCACUGGAUGUCUCUCCGGCCACUGCGACCACCGAGCACCACCGCUUCGGAAUGCUGCGAAGACGUGGCACCAACCCUCUGAUUUGGCUUGUCGCCAUUAUCUGCGCUGUUAUCGCUAUCGCCGUCAUCAUCGCUGGGAUCAUUGUUUUCAUCGGAUACAUCGCAAUCCGACCGAAAGUCCCGUUCAUCAGCGUCACGUACACCCACCUUGACGUGUUCGAUUACGACCAGUCAGGGUUACUUACGACGCAGGUAACUAUCGUAAUCAAGUGGGAGAACGACAACACAAGGGCCCAUGCAAGUUUCUAUGAUGCAAAUUUCAUUCUCGGCUUCCAGGGUACAGAGAUAGCAAAAUUGGUCGCGGAGCCGUUCGACGUGCGCAAGAAUAGCUCCUUGGAAUUGGCUUACACAGUAACGUCGUCGCCAAUACCGUUGACUCGAGAGCAGAUGAUGAUCGCUGACAUGUCAUUGAAGCAGGAUUUUGUAACGUUCGAGCUGAGGGGGACGGCUCGGACCCGGUGGAGAUUGGGGCUACCCGGAUCGGUUAAGUUCUGGUUGCACUUGGAUUGUAAACUCCAUUUCAUUCCAUCAUCUUUUAAUAGCACAGGCUUGUAUUGCAGCUCCAGGUCUAAAUAACAUUCAGUUCAGUUUCUCAUCUGGUACUUGGAUAUAGUGCCUGCCCCCUUUUAGUUCUGAACUCCCAGCAUCAUUUCUUUUUCCAGUAUAUCAUCUGAAAUAUAGAAUUUAUAACAUUUGUUCUUUUUUUUAAGGUAUUUCUUACUUUGGUGAAACUCCGGAAUGGUGUUGGAUUUGAGUACGAAGUUGUAUCUCUGUUAGGAAUGAACAUUUUCUUGAUCAAUACCAAGGAAUUACACUUA